AUGGUUCACACCCGUUCUACUAAUCAAGGAGCUUUGUUUUUUGAUUCAGAGAUCGAAAGGACACUCUAUCGGUUGAGAAAGGAAAUUCGGGAUCACUUCCGUGAGUUGCCUUAUUAUAUUGGUAUUGAGAAAGAAGAGAUGCCGCCUAGAGCUGAUCCGACAUUGAGGGAGCUUUCUGCUCCUAAUCUGGACCAAGCACCAUGCAUCCAAUUUCCGGACUUCCAUGGUUUAAAUGGGGAGGAUCCAAUCAAGCAUCUUGCGGAAUUCCAUGCUGUUUGUACUAGUAUGCAGCCAAGGGGUGUUACGGAGGAUCAAAUCAAACUACGGGCCUUUCCUUUUUCAUUGAAGGAUAAGGCUAAUGAUUGGUUCUAUCAUCUGAGCCCCAACAGUAUCAACACAUGGAGGGGGAUGAAGCAAGCUUUCUUGGAGAAGUUCUUUCCUUCAAGCAAGUUGAAUGAGCUUAAGAGGGCCAUUAGCAACAUUGAGCAAGGUUAUGAUGAGAUCCUUUAUGACUACUUAGAGAGGUUUAAGAGGCUCGUUGCUUGUUGUCCCUAUCAUGGUUUUGCCGAGAAGGAUCUUGUGUUAUACUUAGUUGGUGGGAUCCUUCCGGAUGAGAGAAGGAUGGUGAAUGCUGCUUGUGGGGGUAACAUUGAUAACAAGACCCCACAACAAGCCACGGAGCUCAUAAGUGAGUUUGCUGAGAAGUUCCCCACUUAUUCUAAGAGAAAUACCACUCGGGGAGUUAAAGCAAGCCAUCCGACCGAUUCUUGUCCGACUUUGCAAGAGGAAACCCGAGAGGUGAAUGCCGUGGGAUAUCAUGGGCAAAGGAAGUAUGAUCCAUUCUCAAACUCUUACAAUCCCGGACGGAGAGAUCAUCCAGCCUUUAGUUACAAGCAAGGGAAUCCAACCCCCCAAGGAAAUCCGAAUUUUCAACAAGGUAAUCACCCUCCUCCUUACAUGGCACCAUUUCAAGCUCAAGGGAAAUCCUCUAGCUCCAACUCAAUGUCCAUCGAGGAUAUGAUCAAGGCCUUGGCUCAAAAUGUGACUACCAUGCAGUCCAACAUGGUGCAAUUUCAACAGGAGACAAGAUCUAGCAUUCACAAUUCGGAAACACAAGUGGGCCAAAUGUCUAGUGUCGUGAAUAAACUUGAGGCCCAAAGUUCGGGGAAGCUACCAUCUCAAACCAAGGUGAAUCCCAAGAGGAAUGUGAGUGCCAUGACUUUAAGGAGUGGCAAAGAGUUGGUUGAUCAAGAGCCCGGCAAGAGCAAGGUUGUGGAGGAGAUUGUAACAAAGGAAGAGGAGGUGGAGGUUCUAGUCCCAUCAAAAGAAGCUGAAAAAUUGUGGUUGAAGGAAAUUUGUUCCAUCAAGAAGAAGAAAAAUUUAAAAGGGAAGCAAACGGUUAAGGUUAGUGAACAUGUGUCCGCUGUUUUCCAAAAGAGAAUGCCAAAGAAAUGUGCUGAUCUGGGCAUGUUCACUAUUCCUAUAACUCUUGGUGACACUAAGAUUGAUAGGGCCAUGUUAGAUUUAGGAGCCUCCAUAAAUGUGCUUCCUUAUUCCUUAUAUGAGUCCGUAGAACUUGGUGAAUUGCUUCCUACUAAUGUUGUCAUACAAUUAACGGAUAGGUCAACUUCCAUUCCUAGAGGUGUAUUGAAAGAUGUUCUAGUGGAAGUUGAUAAGAUGACUUUUCCUGCUGAUUUUUAUGUAAUUAACAUGGAGCAUGAUAGGCGUUCAGCCCCUAUUCUUUUAGGGAGGCCGUUCUUGAAAACGGCUAAUGCUAGGAUUGAUUGUGGCACCGGUUCUUUGACCAUGCAGUUUGAUGGUCAAAACGUUGAGUUUAAAAUGCAUGAUGCCAUGAGAUGUAAAGAGGACCACUCUAUCUAUUCUAUUGAUGUGGUUAAGCCAAGUGUUCAUGAUGUGUUCGACGUGAGGUAA